GUCGAGUGCUGCAUUAUUAGAUUCGGCUAACCACCACUAAGAAACGCGCAAUUACUAAUUCCCAUAGCCGGGGAUAUGAGCUCGAUAUCAGCCGUCCCAAAUUUCGACGUCAAAGUAAACGAGCGGUCAGGAUCAACUAGAGAAACCCGGAUAAAGGUUGACAAGAGGUGGAAUGGUUUAUAUACCUCAGACUAUACUCCUGUGAAAGGGCCAUCUCGUACUGUCGGCAUUCAUCAUCCCCGUCGAUGCCUUUGAGAUCCUGCACCCCCGUUCAUCACAAUAUCAUUCCUCCCAUACAUACGUGAUGGGCCUUCUUCACCUCGUCGGAACGGCGCUCGCCCUUGGGAACACCGGUCUUGGUACCCCCGUCCCACAGAGCGGAGGCAUCUCGGCGGCCAAAUAUUGCGAUGCCGCUACCACGAUCUGUUAUUCUGAAUGGAUUAGUCCCGAGAAGAUUGCAUACCGAAUCGCCAUUCCAGACACGGCGACAGCGGGUGACUUUGAUGUCCUGCUCCAGAUCGAGGCCCCUCAGACAGUAGGCUGGGCAGCUAUCGCGUGGGGCGGCGUGAUGGUCAAUAAUCCCCUAACAGUGGGUUGGGCUAACGGGGACAAGACCGUUGUCUCGAGCCGAAGUGCGAGUUCCCGGUCAUAUCCCAACCCCUUUACCGGCGCUUCCUACACUAUCCUCCCCACCUCGACGGCCAACACCACUCACUGGACGCUCACCGUACUCGCUAAGGGCGUCAGUGGGUGGGGAAGCACCAACCUCGACCCGGCCGGGACAGUGUCACUGGCGUAUGCGCAGUCAGCGAGGCCACCUACCGAGCCGGCCAACAAUGCCACCCGGUUUGGCAUUCACAACACUCGGGGCAGUUGGACACAUGAUCUGAAGAGCGCUCAGAUUCCCGACUUCGCCGAAUUGGUCGAGAAAGCUUCUGCUCCCCCGGCCGCUUGAUCAACCAACAACCUGGAAUCAGACUCGAGAGGAACAGGAGUUACCGGCUACGAUGAGAUAAACUUUUAACAUGAAACAUUGACGUGCGACAAUGAUUGGUGCGCUUUAGUGGAACCUUGAUGGGAACGAGGUCGGAGAACGGUGUUCGGACUUUGUCUGCAGCUGUCAAUCUUAAAUUCGCAACUCGGGAUAUAGUCGAGGACGAGCCUCGGCUAACUGUAUAUCCUACGUAAACAGUUGUGUUAUACACCUAUAAUCUGUACUUGAUAGGCAUCUAUGAACGCACCAAGACGUUCAGGUCAGCAAGUGAGCCAGACG